UUUUUAUAGGAAAAAAAAUAAAAAACUAACAAAUCAUCAAUCUGUUUCUAUGUGAAAAAUUAGCUUAAAGACAAAAAAGAGGGGUGGCAGCUGAUACCCCAGACAGCUCUAUUCAAUUUAUGAAUGAUCCUCUCCUCAGGACGGCAGGACUUCAUGCAAAUGAGCACAGAGGAAACAGUCAGCUGCAUUAUACAGCCAACCAAUAGAAGCACAGCUCCAUCUUGGCUGUGCACUGGACUGCAUUACUAACAGACGAUACCAUCGCUUCAGCAGCAUCUUUCCAGACAAGAGAUCCCAAACCGCAGUAAACAAGUGGGGCCCCAAGGAUGGCUUCUGGUCACUGGAACGAGACCACGCCCUCUGUUCCGCAGGGCCUGGGCUUCCAAGUGCAAACCAUCUACCCGUUCCACGACAACUGGAACACGGCCUGCUUUGUCAUCCUGCUGCUGUUCAUGUUCACCGUGGUGUCCUUAGUCGUGCUGGCUUUCCUCUACGAGGCACUCGACUGCUGCUGCUGGGCCAAGAACAAAACUGUGAAGGACUUGAAAAGCGAGCCCAACCCUCUCCGGAGUAUGAUGGACAACAUCCGAAAACGGGACAGUGAGGUGGUCUAGCCCUCCUCAGAAGACAAACAAAAGCUUACAGGCCUCUGCCUCUUGAGGAAAACGGAAAUUUCCUGAAGGCAACCCUUACGACAACACUGAUGCUGACUUUGAGUGGCUCAAAGAUUUCCAGUAGAAAACAAGUGAGAUGUGCACUUGUGUGUGUGUGUGUGUGUGUGUGUCCUUCCUUAAAUACACAGUUCAUGAUGAGAACUACUGUCUACCUAACACGGCAUCUCAAAAACUACACGAACUAUUCCCAGCACCCACCAGAGGGAAUACUGAGCAACAGUACUCCAGUUUCCAGGCAAAUACAACAUCAGCAGAGCUAACUGCUAAAGAAAGUAACUUGUGCCUGGUCACACACAUUAAAAACAAGUGUUUAGAUAGUAAAAUCCUACUUAAAAUGUGCCUCUAAAUCCCGAGUAAAACAUUUCCAGGUCUCACAGUGGUGGCGCACACCUUUACACUUUAAUCGCAGCACUCAGGAGGCAGA